GACCAGUUGAAUGCAAGUUGGUUACCCUGGCCUUUAGCAGAAUUUCAGAGAACAAAUGCCCUCAAGUCUGUAUUCAGAGCUGAACAUUGUUGAGCAAGAAAUUAGCAGAACUCUCAUUCAAAGAAACAAAAAAUGAGAAGUUUGCAACUUUCAUUUUUAUUGCUUUCUUGUAUCAUCAUCUCAGCAAAUACAUAUGAAGGAAAGAAAAAAGAGGCACUGAGAUCAUGGAGUGAACUUACUAGAGGAAAGAAAGAUCAGCAAAACUUCGAAACCAGAUUUCGACUCUAUACAGACAGAGCUGGAGGCAGCUGCCAGAUUUUUGUUAAUCAGCUGGAGACUCUUGACAAAUGCCAUUUCAAUGCCUCUCUUCCUCUGGUGAUGAUAGUCCAUGGCUGGUCGGUGGAUGGGAUAUUGGAAAGCUGGAUUUGGAAAAUGGCAGCAGCUCUGAAGGCUCACCCUGACCCGAUGAACGUGGUCAUUGCAGACUGGCUGACCCUGGCUCACCAGCACUACCCCAUUGCUGUACGGAACACGCGCACCACGGGACACGAGAUCGCGCGGUUCCUGCAGUGGCUGGAGGAAUCUGUUCAAUUUUCCAGAAGCAAUGCUCAUCUAAUUGGAUACAGCCUGGGAGCUCAUGUUUCAGGAUUUGCUGGAAGUUUUAUCAAUGGUACAAAAAAGAUUGGAAGAAUUACAGGCCUUGACCCUGCAGGGCCCCUGUUUGAGGGAAUGUCACCCACAGACCGUUUAUCUCCAGAUGAUGCAAACUUUGUGGAUGCAAUUCACACCUUCACCAAACAGCACAUGGGCCUCAGUGUUGGCAUCAAGCAGCCCGUGGCUCAUUUUGACUUUUAUCCCAACGGAGGCACCUUCCAGCCUGGCUGUCACAUCCUGCACGUGUACAACCACAUUGCACAGCUGGGGAUUGCUGGCAUCACUCAAACUGUGAAAUGUGCCCAUGAGAGGUCAGUUCAUUUGUUCAUCGACUCUCUGCUGCACAAGGACAAGCAAAGCACAGCGUACUGGUGCACCGACAUCAACACUUUCAACAAAGGGCUGUGCCUCAGCUGCAAGAAGAGCCGCUGUAACACCCUGGGCUACAACAUCAGGGAGGAAAGGCUGCCCAAAAGCAGACGACUCUUUCUGAAAACAAGAGCGCAUAUGCCCUUCAAAGUGUAUCAUUAUCAGUUCAAGAUCCACAUCAUCAAUGAAAUCCAAGGCAAGCCCAUAGACCCAGCUUUCACCAUGUCUCUGACAGGGACUAAGGCAGAUGCUAAAAACCUGCACAUCCCACUAGUUGAAAGUAUUACUGGGAAUAAAACCUACUCGUUUCUCAUCACCCUGGACAAUGAUAUUGGUGACAUCAUAAUGAUCAAGUUCAAAUGGGAAUUACCUCCACUUUGGGGAAAUAUCUGGGACACAUUUCAAACCAUAAUACCAUGGACAAAGGGCACUCGUCGACCAGGACUUAUAGUGAAGGAAAUAAGAGUAAAAGCAGGGGAAACACAGCAAAAAAACACAUUUUGCCCCCAAAGUACUGACAAUAUUCACCUUCAUCCAUCCCAAGAGAAGAUAUUUGUGAGCUGUGAAGAUCUCUUCCAGACCCAAACCAGAAAAUGAGCAAGAACACAAAAAGGCAACUUCUCACCAAAAUAUUCAAAAUAUGAUACAUCUAGUAAAAUGUUCUAAAAAUUAACAGUCAAAUAUCCUAGCAGUUUCAGAGAUGGUAAAAAAAAUACAUUAAGAUAUUUAGUUUUUGUCAUCUGAGUAAACUGAAAUAUGCUCUUUGUUCAUCUAGGAGCAUACUCUGAAAAUCAUCAGUGAGCAGCUUCAUCAAGGCAACUGUCAAUUUUCAACUGUUUAAAAUCUGAAAAAAACAUCUGCUCACCAGAAAUAAAAAUAUUAUUUGACAAAAUCAUCAUCAUAAGCCUUUGAAAAACUUAAUUUUGUUGGAUAUAAGGGGCAAAAAGGAAUUCAUUUCAUGGUAAAUACAUUGAAGAAUUAAUAGCUAUGACUAUCAGUUAAAACCUUGCUAAAUGAUUUCCUAAUGAAGGGAGAAUUAAAUAGUUCAUAAAAGAAAAUACUACCACAUAGAUAUAAAAAUAGAAAAUGUUUAAGCUGUAAUAACCACACGAAAACCUCAAUAAUAGUAUAAUCUAAAAAUUCUAUAAUAAACCUUGUUCUCUGAAAAUGCUUUGCUAUUUAACUAUUUUAAUUAAAUAACUGAUUUAAAUUACUAGCAAUUUAAUUAUUUGAAUGAUGCUUAGUGUUCUACACAAAAUUCUAGCACAACUAAGUUCAGUUAAUUUUUUGCAUUUAAAUCAUAUUUAGCCAUUCAGGUAAGGUCUGAGAUUUUUAGAUUCUAAAUCUCUGUAUACCAGAUUUUGGCAUGACUUGAAACUGCCAGAAUAAAUUAAAAUGGCCAAACCUUCAAACAACUUCAGAGCAUAAAAACAAACUUUGUAAGGUCAAACAUAUACAAUUCCCUUGUUUCCUCUGUCAGAAUAUAAACAACAGAAAGGAACACUAUUGUCUCAGAUUGCUUUUAUUCUAUGGUUUGUGCAUACUGAAACAGAAAUUAAUGUAUAUGUAUUCAUUUGUCACUUUAAUGCUGAGCAGAAGAUUAAUUAAAAAUUAAGGUUUCUUGAACUCUGAAUUUUGAAUGUAAUUUGUGUUAAAUGUUUUCUAAGUGGUAAAAAAAUGUGCAAGAAAGUGCUAAGACUUGAAGCAAAGCAUGUUUUUUAAUACCAAGAUAUUGCAGGGAAUUUUUAAUCAAAAUAUCCAGAUGUUAUCAGGAAUAAAGUGGGAUUUAUUUAGAUUGCCUGACAAAUGAAGAAGCUGAGCAGAUCCUGCAUGCAGUGAACAGUGAUCAGAUGUGGAAUGCAGGUAUCUCUGCCAACUCUUCAGAAUAUUAACUCCUUUUACAAGCUGUUUUCAGUAACUACCAUCCCUUUAAAUAAACAGGAAUACUCAAUCAGAAAGGCUCACAAACUACAACAGGAACUGAAGCAUACUUAGAUCUCAAAUGAGAAUUGUUGUCCAUCCUGAGGUGUACAUGUCAGAAGCUGUUCCAAUAUUUAAAAUGACUCCCAGGAGUAGCAUCAUUAUUAGAUAAAUAUUUAUCUAUUUAAAUACAGAUUCCAUGCAAAAGGAUCCUUGCUCCUCCCUGAAAGCAAAGGUUUGUGCUUUGAAAGAUUCUGUUCAAUGAAGCAAACUGUUUUUUUAAACACAAAAGUAUUUCCACCUUCUGUGUCAAAAAUUACAAUUUAAGUGAUUAAUUUCAUGCUUCAGAUUGCUACCUUGAAUAUUUAAAUUUUGCAACAUAAUUACUUUAUGAGAGCUCUGUAAUACAUUCUGUGUUUGUGUAAGAAUCAAUUGCUGAAGAACAACAGCUGAGUCAAAUCAGGAACGCACACAGAAGGAAACUUCAGCCAAAAGUAUGUGAGAGACUUUGGUAAGCACCAAGGCCUUUUGUUUGGAUACUUUUUUACAUUUGCAGUAGCUAUAAUCCAGUGGAGGGACUCAAUUGCUGAAGACCCAGUGAGAGCAUUUUUAGGGGCAUGAAGUUACAAUGAACCACGUCCUGCAGAAUGACAGGCAAGGAACAAAUGACAAUGUGGCCAUUUCAGUGUUCCAAAGCACAAUGGAAAAUGAGAGUAAACAGAGAGAGAAGUAUGUGUGGCUAACUCAAAUGAGGCAUCUCUCUAGAUUGUUUCUAGAAUUGAAUUGUUGCUUGUGCAAAAGCUACUAAAGACCUGCCACUUACUUUUGUUUUAGGGUUUUCUUUUUUCAUAAAAUUCUUGUCUAUUUAGAGAAUUUAGUACUGUCACUGAAAUUGCAUUUCCAUCAGUUAUCACCAACUUUCUAAACUAUGAAUUCUGUAAGCUUUCUGAACCAAAUCCUACCUCUUCUCCUCAAAAAAAGCUUUUUUCAGAAGAAGUUGAAGGAUGACAAAGCAAGAGACAAAGGCUAAAAAGAAUUGGGCUGUACUCCAACAGUACAGAAACUACACUCUUAGAAACAUUUCAGAAAUCAAAAUUGGCAUUUUUGCAAAUGACUGUCGCUUUCUUGGUAAGGAGGCUGAUAAAGGGAUCUAAACUUCAGGAGAAGCAGGCAUUACUUCAGGAAAAGCAGGUGGAAGGAUGUUCAGAGGUGUCUACAUUGUGCUGGCAUUCAAGAAGUGGGAGUUGGAUGACUUCUAGAGUUUGUGAAAAAACAUUCUCCAGAUCUCAACUAAGUGAAGAUGGUGUAUCUUCAGAUAAGACAAUUUGAAAGGUUUUAAAAAGCUAAGUAGGAAAAUUAAAGUAACAGUCAGUAUGUGAACUCUUGCAGAUAUGAAGAUACUUCUGAUGCCAUGUUUCACAAAUCGUACCAAACAUAUUCUGUCCCUGUUUUGACAGCCAUUACACUAAUUUCUGAUAUAAACAUGGAAUAAAGCCCAAGCUGUAAUACAUUCAGUCUCACCAUGCCUGAACAUAAAACUGAAGUCAUACCAACAAUCUCAAGUGCCUAAGGUGGUGCCUUACUCUGUGCUCACUGGAAUUACUCCUGUCUCUCUCCAUACAGCUGACUUGAGACCUUGGAAGCCACCAGGUGCUCACUCCUGUCAGAGCACACCCAGCUCAGUGACAGAAUGGCUGCUGUCCUUUUCAUCACUGUCUGUAAUAAUGAACUUCCAAUGUUCAGAAAUAAAAGCCUCUUCCUUCCUUUUUUCCUGAAAGAAAUAUUGGAACACUAAUUAAAAACCAAAUUACAUCAA